AUGUUUGAUAUUUUUGUGGACCUUAACAAUUUCACGCGCAAAUUAACAUUACAAAAAUAUUUUGCGAACAAAAAACUAAAAACCAAUAAAAUUGAAAGUUCUCAAACCCAACUAAUUCUGACUGAUACAAUGCCAUCCAACAAAGAUACAGUUUGUUUGUUUGCAGAAACAGACGACCUUACCACGCAUCUUUUUGAAGGAUUUUUACAUACUGAUGUUAAAAACAAAUCAAAUUUUAAUCCAACCAAUGUAGGAAGAGAAUAUAUCGACCUAUUCCAGAAUGUGGUUCUGGAGGACUUCGAUAAGAUUCUAUACACAAAAAAACGUAAGAAAAAUUAUGCUACUCUUAGCCAUCAGAAAGCCAUUUAUGGUUUGCAAAACAAUCCAAACAUUAUUAUUCGCGAUGCCGACAAAGGCGGUGGAAUUGUCAUCCAGGAUCUUGAAGAUUACAUUAAAGAAGCCAACAGGAUCUUGGAUGACAAAAACAAUUAUAAAAUUUUACACAAAGAUCCUACCACCAAUUUUUUGCAGUCAUACAUUGAACAUAUAGAUAAAGGUUUUUCUUUAAAAAUUCUCAAUAAAAAUGAAAAAGAUUACUUAAGAAUACAAAACCCGAGUAUUGCCCAUUACUACCAUUUACCAAAAAUCCACAAAAAUAAAAUAAACCCACCAGGACGUCCAAUCAUUGCGGGAAUAGGAAAUUUGACAUACAAUCUAUCAUAUUACAUUAACAAGCACCUGAGGAAGGCACAUUUUACAACUGCAUCUAAUAUGGGCAUUUCCUUUACUGAUUAUGGAGAUGUACCAGGUCACUAUGACAUAAUAAACUGGAUCCUAUCUGACAUACCAGAAGAACUGGCCCCUCACCAAGUUGGAAACUUUACCUCCCUAGCUCCUGUGGGCAGACAACUUAUUUUAAAUGACAGUGAAAUCUCUUGGAGUCCUACAUUUGGAGCAAUGCCUAAAUCAGUUUGCAAUGAACUCUGUGAACCUGGAUACAGAAAAGCUCCUCAGAAGGGAUUUCAUAGCUGCUGCUAUAUUUGUGUGCCAUGUGCAGAGGGAGAGAUCUCCAACACAACAGAUGCAGAAACCUGCAUAAAAUGUCCAGAAGAUCAAUGGAUGAAUAAUAAGAGAACUAUGUGCAUCCUAAAGACUGUGGAAUUCCUAUCAUUUGAGGACACAUUAGGGAAAGUCUUAAGUUCAGUCUCCAUCUUCUCCUGUACUGUCACUUUAGCUGUUUUGGGGAUUUUCAUUAAGAAUCACACAACCUCUGUAGUAAAAGCCAACAACCAGAACCUCAGCUACACUCUUCUCCUCUCCCUCCUGUUGUCCUUCCUCUGCUCCUUAUUGUUUAUUGGACGUCCUGUGGAAGUGACCUGCCUACUCAGACAAGCUGCCAUUGGAAUAAUUAUUGCUGUUUCUAUCUCCUCUGUUCUGGCAAAAUCAAUCACUGUUGUUAUUGCCUUCAAUGCGACUAAACCUGAUAGCAAGAUAAAGAAGUGGAUUGGAUCCCGAGUGUCCAUCUGUCUGGUCAUUGCCUGCUCUCAAGGGCAGGUUGUGGUCUGCAUGCUGUGGUUGGCUCUUAACCCACCAUAUCCAGACUAUGACACUCACUCUUACAUUGGGAAAAUUAUAUUAGAGUGUAACGAGGGCUCUCUCACUGCAUUCUACCUUGUGAUAGGUUACAUAGGAUUCCUUUCUGUGGUCAGUUUCAUUGUGGCAUUCUUGGUUAGAAAGUUACCUGCUAGGUUCAAUGAGGCCCAGAUGAUUACGUUCAGCAUGCUGGUGUUCUGUACUGUUUGGAUCUCUUUCAUUCCAGCAUACCUGAGCACCAAGGGCAAAUAUGUGGUAGCUGUAGAGAUAUUUGCUAUCCUGGCCUCUAGUGCAGGACUGCUGGUCUGUAUAUUUAUUCCCAAGUGCUACAUUAUAUUAUUUAAGCCUGAACUGAACACCAGGGUACAUAUGCUAAGCAAGCAUUGA